AUGGAUCCUUUCUCAAUUACCGUAGGCUCAGCUGCUCUUGCUGAUACCAUCUUGAGGACUACCAAAUGGAUGAUGUCUUUCAUUAAGGGGGCUGCGCAGGUCGAAGGGGAAAUCGCAUCAUUGUUUGGUGAAAUCCACGCAAUGGAUUCGGCAAACCAGAGUAUCCGGCAACUACAUGAGCAGCAUGUUGAGGGAUUGAUAGAGUGCGUGAAGGAGAUUCCAACGGAACUGCGCAAGCAUUGGGAGACUACGAGCGUGACUCUAACUUGCUGCUGCGAAAUGGUACAAAGAUUCGAGGCUGUCAUGACAACCAUCGUCGGCAGUAAUGGACCUUUGGUAACUGGCCGAACCGACGGGAUCAGGAAGCAGUUACGAAAGCAAGACAAAGAGGAGCAAAUCGGCAAACUCAGGGACCAAAUUGCCAGUCACCACCGGAGCCUUCAACUCUGCAUGACUACUCUUAUCAUACACCGAAAGGUUCCAGAUAUUUGGGUUUCAGCUCCAAAGGCAGCUACGAGCGCUGCAAUCAAUAUUACCGACAGCGGAUGGACGCCUGCCGUAGCCUCGCAGCUCCGUUUGAAUCGCUAUUUCGAUAUUCCAAAAUCAGUUUCGAGCAUAUUCACGGGGCGAAAAGCCCACUUAGAUGACCUCAAGCACGCCUUUGAUCUGUCCUUGUCCGCUGGAGAUGGACGAACAAGAAGACGGUUCGUCGUGACUGGCAUAAGUGGAUCUGGCAAGACUCAAUUUUGCUGCAAGUUUGCCUGGGAAAAUAAACAAAGCUUUUGGGGCGUCUUCACGAUUGAUGCUAGCUCGCCUGAGAACGCUCGACAAAGCCUCAUUGGAAUAGCCAAGAUGGCUCAAGUUGAUCCGAAUGAGCGCGCCGCGAAAAGCUGGCUCGCUACUAGUGAGUUUCCUUGGCUGCUACUAAUUGACAACGCGGAUGAUAGCCACCUGGACCUUGAGCGCUACUUUCCAGACAGCGGAGAAGGCCUUACCCUGAUCACCACGUGCUUCCCCUCCAACAAGAUGCAUGGCACGAUCGGGUCUCGCUUUUACCAAUUCGACAGGUUAGAGGAAAUCGAGGCUAGCGAGCUUCUUCUCAAGGCGGCGGAUCAAAAGCAACCCUGGACACCACCAAUAAUGCGAUCAGCUUCUAAGAUCGCUAAGACUCUGGGGGCUUUGCCGCUGGCCCUCAUACACGCCGGUCAGGCUAUUAGAGCCAGAUAUUGCCAGCUGAGCGACUAUUUAUCGUACUACGAUCGCAGCUGGGACGUAAUUCGCCAAAGCCACCACCUCUCCGGCAAUAGAGAGGAAGGUAUUAACAUGGAGGACUAUCUGAAAGUCUAUGCAAGCUACGAAAUCGUUUACCGAGGACUAGAAGCUAUGAACCUCCUCAUUGCUGCCGUCAGAUACCCAACAAUUGAACGGGAGGCGCAGCAUCAAAAUUCCAGCACUGAGAAACAGGGAAGGAGGGAAAUUGACAGGAAGCUGCUGGGUUUAUGGUGGCGACCAAGGCCAUGGUUGACUUUACUUCAUAAACUGGUUUCAAAAGUUGUGGAGUCAAUACUGAUGAGCCCAAAGCCAACCGUCCUGCCGGCCUUUCUACUCGACGCGGAGUUGUCGAACACCCCGGAUGAUUGCCAUGAGCGACUGCAUAAGGCACUGUACGAACUCACUCAGCUGUCGCUCAUCGCCUACCACGAGGCGACAGACAGCUAUUCAAUGCAUCCUCUGGUACAUACAUGGGUGCGCGAGCGACCGGGCAUGUCGACUUAUGAUCAGGCAAUUUGGUGCGAAGCGGCGAAGACCGUCAUCUCGCGAUGUACUCUUCUGCCUCCAUUGAGCAAUUUGGACGAGUCACAUACAGAUUUGCAGCGACACCUUCUCCCGCAUCUCAUAUCUGUGGAUGGACACCAAAGCAAGAUACAGGCUCGUUAUCGGGAAAAUCAGAAGUCACGCAGAAAACCUUGGCCUACACUGCAGCCAGAGAUGCAUCCCCAAAAAGCUUUGCAGCUGGUGAAGUCGAGCCUUAUUUACCUCCAAGGAGGCUAUUUUACGGAGGCCGAGAAGCGCCAGCGAAUAGUUAAGGAUUUUAUCUGCGCAGUGCGAGGUGCUGAUCAUCCGAGGUCAAUAGAAAUCACACUCGCGCUCGCCGGUACAUUAUGGCAGCAAUCCCGGACGAAUGAAGCAGCAGAACUUCAAAGUCAAGUCCUCGAGACCUGCCUGAGAACUCUUAGACCGGACCAUCCACAGACGCUCAAGGUUAUGGAUUGCCUAGGCCAUAGUCGCCGUCAGCAGGACGCCAAGCGGCAGCAAACAGAAGCCGUGGCAGGGCUGAGGCGCUUGUUGGGCGCAGCAGAUCUCAGGACGCUGUCUGCAAUGGAGGGGUUGGCUAUAACGUGCAUGGAGCUUGGUAUCAAGCACAUGGCUACGAGCAAGGAGCGUGGUGAACAGUAUCUUGCCGGUGCACAUCGUGACAUAUCAUUUGUGCUGGAAGAGCGCCAAAGGCAGUUGGGAGAUAUGCAGCCAUUCACCUGGCUUGCGAAGGCGAAUUUCGCUCCCAUCAAAAGUGCGAUGGGGAAAUUGAAUGAGGCCGAGAAUCUGAUCAGUACUCUCGUGCCAAUCGCCGUUGCCCAUCUAGGGGAAGACCACAUGGGAGUCCUGGCCGGCAAAACUCAUCUUGCCGCGAUUCUCAUCAAGCAAGGCCGAUUUACUGAAGCGGAAGAGCUGUUAUUAGACAUUUCCAAGCCGGAGAACUACCUUAAGACAUCCACAGCCUCUGGAGAGCAUCCGGAUCGUUGCCAGAUGUUAUGGACUCUCGUAGAAUGCUACCAAAAGCAAGAUAAAUUUGUUGAGGGCCUCCGGGUAUGCGAGGAGCUUCUAGCGGCGGUGAACACAAUGCGCCGAGACCGGAAACAAACAGCAACUAGCGGGAUAUUUUGGCAAAUGGUGCAGAAUAGAAAGAGGGAGCUUGAAGUUGCUUAUGGAGUAUUUGCUGCAGGUCAUCGGAGACCCGCCUGA